CCGUGCGGCAGGAGGAGAGCGAAACACGACACCCGGAACGCGUGAGGAUUGGAAGGGAGGGGGGGUGGUAGAACACGGAGUGACUGAGUGGAAAAAGAAAAAGUGAUCCGGAGAGAAAAAAAAAGGGGGGCAGAGAGAAAGAAGAGGGUUUUAUUCCUCCCUGAAGCUCCGCAGUUGUCCGGAGGAGGAUGACGAUGACGGACCGCGGCAGCAGCGACAGCCGGAGUCAGGUUUUAAACGCAUUCCGCCGCUCGUCUCCAACCCGCGGCCAACGGCAGCACGACUCCUCCAAACUUUGACCUGCGCCAUUCAGACCCGGGCUGCUGGAUUUACCCCCUCCGAGAGGCUCGGAGCAACUUUUCUGCACCAGAAACACCCCCCAGCAAAAGUUUUUUUUUAAACCAAACCUCGAUAGUUUAUUAGAAAUCAAAUCAAACGGAGAGAAACAGCCUGCACUGAAGAAGCGGAGCUCUUGAUCGGGGCAGAGCCUCUCCAACGAGCCGCGCCGUGUGAGGACAACACCGGGGGAAGGAGGAGCGGGGUCCCGCCGCUGCUAACUCGGCUAACAGCUACCGUCCAAAGUUACCAGUCGACGGGGAAAGUGACGGAAGAAGCCCGCCGAAGACCACAACAACGAUGAAGACCCCGGCAGAGACGGGGUUUGCCUUUCCAGAGUGGGCCUACAAGCCGGAGUCCAGCCCGGGCUCCAGGCAGAUCCAGCUGUGGCACUUCAUCCUGGAGCUGCUGAGGAAGCAGGAGUACAACGACGUCAUCGCCUGGCAGGGGGACUACGGCGAGUUCGUCAUCAAGGACCCGGACGAGGUGGCCCGGCUGUGGGGGGCCAGGAAGUGCAAGCCGCAGAUGAACUACGACAAGCUCAGCCGAGCGCUGAGAUAUUACUACAACAAGAGGAUCCUCCACAAGACCAAAGGGAAGAGGUUCACCUACAAGUUCAACUUCAACAAGCUGGUGCUCGUCAAUUACCCCUUCAUCGAUAUGGGCUCCGGUCGAGGAGUCCCGCAGAGCGCCCCCCCUGUUCCGAGUGGAGGAACUCAUUUCCGGUUCCCCCCCUCCACACCGUCGGAGGUGCUGUCCUCCAGCGAGGAGCUGCGCAGCCCGGGGGUCUUCAGCACCGUGGCCCGCCGCAUGGCCCGCGGCUCUGUGAGCGACUGCAGCGACGGCACCUCCACCAACUCAGAGCUGGAGGAGGCCGCCGGUGCCGAGGAGCGGGCCGCGGGGCCCGACAGAGCCUUCAGGGGCCUCCUGCCCCCCCGCCUGCCUCACGACUCUCUCUUCAGGCUCUACGGGGGUCCAAACCCGGCAGGGCUCCCCAGACCCGCUCCCAGGCUGCACCCGGAGCCUCUGUCCCCGUUCCCCGUCUCCCCGCUUCCCGGAGGUCUGCUGGGCUCGACUCUGUCCCCGGCUCUGACCAUGACCCCCACCCCUCACCUGGCCUACAGCCCCUCCCCCUCCCUGUCCUCCCCCCUGCUGGGCUCCUCCCACUUCUCCUUCAACCCUGAGGACAUGAAGCACUACCUGCAGGCCCACACCCAGUCC